AGAAAUUUUAUUUUUAAAUCGUGUAGAUGUAAAGAGGAAAAUUAAGUUUUUACUUGCAGAUAAUACGAUUCAAUGAGAAAUAUUAACUAUGCAGUAUAAAAAGAACAGUUUGCAACGAUUCACGAUUUUUCCGUGUUCCAAAACUCAUUAAAAAAGAUAUUAAUCCUUUUUGUGACCAAUCAUGCAGCAUCUGUAUUUGGCGCGUUUUCUCAUUAGAUAAUUUUCUCGAGUCGGCCGAGUGUCCUGCCGGAUAUGCGCAGUAUUCUUCCUACAAUGAGUCAUUGUUUCGUUGAGAUAUUUAGAAAGUGCUGAAUCUACAAUCGUAAAGUCGAGUUAUUAGAUCAGGUAUUGUUUAAAAAGAAAUAUUGACGUUAAUUAGGAAGUGUCAAAUCUGAUGAUGUCACCAGCCCGAAUAAUGUCAUCAAUUUAUACAUUUUCCAAGUAUAUUAUUUGCUAAUUUAUUUAUUUAUUUAUCCGCUAAUUAUCGUGCAUUGCUAAUUAGAAGAAAUAAGAUGUCUAAAAUACGCCGGCUCUCGCUUCGCGGUAUUCGUAAUUUCGGUGACGACAACGAGGAUGCCUUGAUACGUUUCGCCUGUCCAUUAACGCUCAUCCUGGGGCCGAAUGGUACUGGCAAAACGACCAUCAUCGAGGCGCUGAAAUAUGCCACAACCGGCACGUUUCCACCGGAUUCCGAGAAAGGAAAAUCCUUUAUACAUGAUCCUAUUCUGGCAACAACCGGUUCGAUCAGAGGGGUUGUUAAAGCUGAGGUAGUGGAUUCAACAGGUAAUAUUUAUGUAGUAUCCAGAACAAUAGAGUCACAAGCGAGAACAAAGAGGUUUAAGACCUUAGACUGUACUGUAACGCAAGUAAAUAAGGAUAGGCAAGAAAAAACAUCGAUAACUAACCGAUGUACAAAUGUCGACGCAGAGCUCAGUAUAAUAUUGGGUGUUUCAAAAUCCAUUUUGAAUUAUGUCAUAUUUUGCCAUCAAGAUGAGCUUAACUGGCCCUUCGAAGUAGGCAAAACAUUGAAAGAAAGAUUCGAUGAAAUAUUUGGCAGUACUAAAUUUAAUAAAGCAUUGGAAAAUAUUACUAAGAUUCAUAAAGAUCUUGAGGGGGAGAUUCGAGGCCUGAAAACAGAGCAAAAGGCUUUAAGCGUAAUCGUGGCUGAGGUAGACGAUAAAGAAGCUAAACUUGAGGAUCACAGGAAGAGAUUGGAUGUUGCAAAGAAGAAAAUAGACGACAUCGAUAAUCAGGUCAAACCCUUAAAACAGAAAAUAGAAGAGAUGCAACAGUUUAACUUGGAGUACAAAAAUGUGCAAGCUGAAGAAGAAAAAAAGAAAAUGGAGUAUAAUAUGCACAAGGAACGAUACGAGAAGCUGAAAGAGAGCAUAAAAGAUAUCUUUGAAGGAACAACGGAGGAACUAAAUAUGCGCAUAGAGUCAUACGAUACUAUUUUGAAAGAAAAGAAUGAUGAGAUAACGGAGAAUGAGUCUGAGGUCAAAGGUAUAUCUGAGAAGGCAACUAGAAUCUCGUCUAUCUUGGCAACACGAAGGGAAACUGUAGGCACGUUGAAGCAACAAGUGAAAGAUCAUGAGAAACGAAUAGUUCGUCGCAAUCAGGUAUUGAAUGAGGCAUUGCAAGCAUGGAGUUUCGACACGGUGGAAUCUGACGUAUCUGAAAUAGAGGUGAAGGCUCUUACGAAAAGAUUGGAUCAAAAGAUGCGAGCGUUGGAAGAAGAGAUGGAAGACAAUAGAUGGGCGAUGCAAAAGCAAGAAAGAGAGUUACAGAAACAAGCUGACGUGCUGCGUAGUAAUCACUCAAAAAUAGAGUCGGAAAUGGUUCUCAAAGACAAAGAAGUAAUAGCGAUUAGAGACGAGAUCGAUGCAAUUCGCAACCAGAUAACGCAGAUUGGUGUAGCGGGAAACAAAUUGAGGUCCAUUGAACAGAAACUCCAAGCGGCGAAACAAAAGAUUGACGAACUUGGCAAUGCGAUGGAUACCGACUCCGUUAAAAAUGAUAUCGAGAACAAGAUAAAAUCCAGAGAUAAGAUGGAAACGAGUUUAAGUGCGAUCGACGACGAGAUCUCUUCCUUACAUAAAUUGAGCUCGUUGACGGCCGAGUUCGAGUUAAAUAAGUCAACGUUACAAGCCAAGGAAGAGGAAUUGGAGAAUUUGAAGGAGAAGCACGGCAAUAAGAUCAAAGAAUUGUUGGAUAUCCAAGAAGUGCAACAAAUCAAAUUAAAAAAUCCUUUGGAACGCGUUCAUCAACAACUGGAGAAAGAAACAAAGUGUUUGACACGAGAGAUUCAGGCACAAGAGUGCAAAACUGCUGCUUUUGACACGACAGUGCGACACAUAGUAUCUGAAAUCGGGAAGAAGAGGCUGGAAUUACAGAGUGAUAAGGGAAAGAUAUCUACAGUUUGUGAUUACAAGGACUUUGAUGAAACUUUAUUGAUGCAAUCGAAGGUACUGAAGGAUCUUCAGGAAAAGAGAGGCAUUUACGCUUACCAAGCUACAGCUUACAAGGACUACAUUAAGAAGCUAUCCGUGGAAGAUCCCUGUUGCCCCUUGUGCCAUAGAAACUUCCAGGAGAAAGAUAAAGUCACAGAUUUAAUAAGAGAGAUGGAGAGGGAUAUAAUCCGCAAUCAACCAGAUCGCUUAAAGCAGUACGAAGAGGAACUAAAGACGCAACAGGAAAAAUAUGAUAAUAUGCUGCAGCUGAAACCCGUUGUUGAGAAAGUGAUUCAGUGUGAGGAAAAUGAUUUGAAAAAAUUAGAAGAAAAGUUGGAGAAAACAAAGAACAGCUUGAAGCAGUCAAAAAUGGCUGUAAAGGAUCUGGAGACAUCGAAGGAAGUGCCUGACAAGAAACUACUACUCUACAAAGACAUGAUAGGCGAUAUCAAACUCUGGGAUCGGUGUAUCGACGAAGUCGAGCAGUUAAGGAGGACCGUUGGUAACCUGGAGACUCAAAUGGCUAAUGCUGGAGCUAAUACCGAGAGAACUAUAGAAGAGGCGCAGACGCAGCGAGACUCUUUGAAAACAUUUCUCAGAGAGACUCGUAACAACAUCGAAGCACUGCGGCUUAAAUUGAGCAAGCAUACCGAGAAGUUACAGGACGCUAGGGCGAGGUACAACGAGUUACACGAAGAACAAUUGAGAAUACAAACGGACAUGCAGAAACUGAAGCAUCUGGAGGAUAAGAAGAAUGAAUUGUACACCCGAGAAGUUACUCUAGGGGAUACGGUAGAGAGAUUGCGACGAGACUUGGCAGAGGCCGAGGAUUGUCUGGAUUCCGAAAUUCAGCGAUUAGAAAAGAUCAAGACGGAGAACUGGCAGAAACGAGAGGCGGAGAGAAAAUCGGCUGCCGAGAGUACCAGACGCUUAUCCGACCUGCACAAAAUGAUCGACGAAGUCGAUUCGUUCGUCAGCAGCAACGUGGCCGAGAAACUCGCACGGUUCGAGCGCGAGAUCGAGUCUUAUCAGAAUACGUUGAUGGACCUUACAACCAAGAGAGAAGAGAUCGAACAAGCGAUAAGCAAACUGAAGGAACAAGUUGCUACUCAGGAGAUCGGGAAGCGAGAGCUUCUCGACAAUAUGGCGUUGCGUAAGAUCAAGGAAACGUUAGAAACCCUGAAGGAGCAAUACAGGAGACUGAACGAGAAGGUGAAAAGCAUGAAUUACAACGAGGUAGCCAGAAGAUGGGAGCAAUUGGUGAAUGAGGAGCAGACGUUGCUUCGUCAGAGGAACGUGGCGCAGGGAAGUAAAGAGGAGCUGGAAAGAGUCAUCAAGCAAUACGUGCAGGAAUUGCGCAAAGAGGAGUACCGAUUAGCUCGUCGGAAGUACACUAACAAAUGCAUCGCAUUAACGGUUCAAGAAGACGCCAUAGCGAAUCUGAAAGCUUACAACAAGGUACUGGAUGCUGCGAUGAUCGAUUAUCACGAGGAGCGUAUGGCAACGGUGAAUAGGAUUAUGAAGAAGCUGUGGAAGCACAUUUACAAGGGCACCGAUACCACCAGCAUAGAGAUUUGUAUGGAGCCUUCCGAGGAGCACAAAACCAAGAGAAGUUACAAUUACAAAUUGGUCCAGACUAAACACGGCUGCAAGAUGGACAUGAAAGGACGCUGCAGUGCUGGACAGAAAGUGUUGGCGUCAAUAAUCAUAAGGCUCGCUCUGGCGGAAACGUUCUGCAAGGAUUGCGGCAUUCUUGCACUCGAUGAACCGACCACGAAUCUCGACGAGGAAAACGCGAACAGCUUAGCAGAUACGUUAACUAAAGUGGUCGAGCUGCGAUCGCGACACCAAAAGAACUUCCAGUUAAUUAUAAUCAGCCACGAUGAGAAGUUCCUGCAGAAGCUUGCAGAUUUGAAUGAUCACAGAACAUUCCACGAGCUCUACCGCAAAAACAAUGGAAUGACUGCGGUGAAGCGCUCCGAUUUUAAUGAACCUACGAAUUCUCUGGUGCACAUUAAGAGUGAGGAUGAAUCCGACGAAGAAGAACGUCCAAAUCAGUACAGAGAUUCGGACAAUGGUCCGUCUACGAGUACGUUGAACAGAAAAAGAUAUAAUUUGGAUAAUUCCAGCGAAGAAGAGAGGCCAGCGGCUAGAAAGAAAUAUCGCUUUGAAUAAAUUGAGAUAUGCAUUUAUAUUUUUUUAUGGUAACUUUCCUGUUAGAGUGUACUCAUAUGUAUAUGUAUGUUAAUUUAUUGUUACCAAAAGUUAUAGAUAUUAUAUAAUAUACUGCUCUUCGAGAAUACCUCAAGUAUGUAACAAAUAACCAAAGGUUGCUUCCUACUUAUUUUUCUAGAUGUAAAAACUGGAUUAAUAAAUUUCGAAUUUAUGAUCUUGUCGAAUUAA